CAGAGUGUGGGUUAAAGCUGCACAUAGUAGGCAAGAGCGGGGCUGCCAGGAGGCAUGGAGGCUGGAGAGAGGAGCAAAUCCUAGCAAGAAGAGCUGUCUGGCUCCAGGAUGGUGUCCUGCAAGGCUGUAGCUGUCCUGCUGGUGGUGCAUGCAGCUGCCAUGCUGGCCUCCCAGACAGACGCCUUUGUUCCCAUCUUCACCUACAGUGAACUUCACAGGAUGCAGGAAAAGGAGAGGCACAAAGGUCAAAAGAAAUCCCUGAGUGUACAGAGGUCGGGAGAGGUGAGCCCUCUGGACCCCAUGGAGCCCACAGAGGAAGAAGAAAAGGACGUUAUCAAGCUGACUGCGCCUGUGGAAAUUGGAGUGAGGAUGAACUCCCGGCAGCUGGAAAAGUACCCGGCCACCCUGGAAGGGCUGCUGAGCGAGGUGCUGCUGUCCACCCAGAAAGCACUCCCACCCCCUCGCCCCAUCUCUGAGGGGAGCCCAAUCACAGAGCAAGGCUGGCUCGGGGCUCGGAUGGCUGCUGUUGGUUGA